AUGCAUGCAUUCAACACACCCAAUUUGGUCAUUCUUAAAGGGUACAACAUCACCGACGCAGGCCCCCAAAACAACGCAUUGUUGAGCUACUUUUUGGUCAGUUGCCUGCUGGCUUUGGCCGCUGCGGAUGUUUCGCAUCUACCACUUGAGCAGCUGGAGCAGCACUCGGAGAAUGAGCAUGGCUAUGGCUAUGAUUAUCCCAAGCCUGUGGUGCCAUUUGUCAUAGAGGCCACCACAACGCCGCCACCGACACCAGCGCCCACCUAUCUGCCACCGCCGAAACCAGUGCCCACUUAUCUGCCACCAGUCAUCAUCACAACCACAACUACGACGACGACACCUGCACCCACGCCAGCACCCACCUAUCUGCCACCUGUCAUUGUGCCCGAACCACAGCCGGGCUAUCACUACGAUCCACCCUCAGAGCCCUUUCACUUUUAG